AUGAAUCUCACGAUUCUUGUAGUUAUAUUGUUCAUAUCGGCCACAUUGGUGUCAUCUAAAGAAUCCUCUACUCAAGCAAUUCCACUUCAGAAUCUGGGUUUUGAAACUCGUCCAACAAAUAUAACUGCAAACGCCACCUCCCAAUUCGUGCUCCUUGAUAACAAAAUCAAUGUCAUUCCUGGUUGGUCAUUUAACGGUACAGUUUGGUAUGUGACAGCGGGUGGAAACAUUUCCUUGCCCGGAAAUGGUCAUGGUUUGCAAUUAGGUCCAAAUGGUAUGAUCAACCAAACGUUCAAAUCCGAUGGGAGUUAUGAUUAUGUCCUCACAUUUACACUUGCUUCAAGUGGCAUAGAUUGCGCGAAUAACUCCACUGCUGUUAAUGUUUCUGGUCCUGGUUUAUCAAGAGUGUUCUUCUUUAAAGAGUCACUUGGGAAUGAAACCUGGCAAACUUAUGCUUUCUCCAUAGGGAGCAAUGAAAUCCGCAAUGGUCUGAUGGGAAUACGGAUUCAAAGUGUCGUGAGCAGUAAUCGUAGUAAUAUCAUUUGUUGGCCUAUCGUUGACACUCUUUUGGUCACCGGGAUUCAGAAUUUAAUGUGGUUUUCAGAUAAUGGUUUUGUGAAUGGUGGGUUUGAAAUUGGACCAACUUUUGUUGGUAACUCCUCUCAAGGUAUUUUACUCGAGGCUAGUGACGAUCCAUUCGAUCCAAUGGAACCUCCAUUUCAUCCGGGUCAAUCUCCACUACAAGAAUGGAGGAUAUCAGGUGUAGUAAAAUAUAUCGACUCUAAACAUUAUGCAGUCCCACGAGGACGUGCAGCACUCGAGCUGGUUUCUGGUAAUCCAUCAGGGAUAGUAUAUACGAUUAGUACACAGUUUUUACAACACGGACAAGUUACUAUAGAUUUUAUCAUGGGUGAUGCUAACAAUUCGUGUGUGGGCGAUCUGAUGGUCUUUUUGCAAGUUGGAACCACGAUAUGGAACUUCACGAUGAGGAGCAUCGGUGUUGGAUCACGCGAGAAACAUUCUGUGACGUUCAAAGCGGAAUCUAGCAAUACUGAAUGGGUUCCGAUUAGUUUUUCUAGUUUUAACGAGACUCGAACCAGUAACCACGAGGUGUUAUGUGGACCUGUGAUUGAUAGCACAGUCAUUCGAUUUUCUAGUCAUGGGUUGCAUUCUAAACAGCUAAAUAGCAGUUGGGUUCUGAACAUGUUCGGUUGUACUAACCUAACCCUUAUCUAUACUCUUAUAAUUUAUGCAGUUUUAAUUCUUGUAUGA